GGGCCAAUGAGAGCGCGAAGCGCCGGGCGCUCGUUAGGCGCGGGAGGCCGGCGCAUGGCGGACGCGGUGCUGUUCGAGUUUCUGCACACGGAGAUGGUGGCGGAACUGUGGGCGCAUGAUCCCGACUCCGGCCCCGGGGUUCACAGAGAGCAGCGGCACGCUCGAGUCCCGACCGCCACUUGCUCAGCAUCCGCUUCCCGUCCUCCUGGGUGCGGAGCCCUGUGUGUGCGGAAGGUCGGCCGGGCCCCCACCCCCACAGAGCUGCCUCCCUCCCCGGGCUCUGCACCUGCCUCCCCUCUGCUUGCCCACCCAGGGACAGAAUAUGAGCCUGUCUGUGCUGGAGGGCAUGGGCUUCCGUGUGGGCCAGGCCCUGGGCGAGAGCCUGGCCCGGCGACCCCCCAGCAUCGGCCUGGCCCAAGUGUCUGCCGCUGCCCCCCAGGCUGUCCCGGGAGACGCUGGCCUACAGGGAGGAGCUGGACAUCCUCAAGUUCCUGUGCAAAGACCUGUGGAUGGCCGUGUUCCAGAAGCAGAUGGACAGCCUCCGCACCAACCACCAGGGGACCUACGUCCUGCAGGACAACAGUUUCCCCCUCCUCAUCCGGAUGGCCUCGGGCCUGCAGUAUCUGGAGGAAGCACCCAAGUUCCUGGCCUUCACCUGCGGCCUCCUGCGUGGCACCCUCUGCACCCUGGGCGUCAAGAGCCUGGUCACCGCCUCCGUGGCAGCCCUGCCUGCCUGUAAGUUCCAGGUGGUGAUCCAGAAAUCCUGAGCAGCCCCAGGCCCCCACCCCCAGCUGAGCCUCACAGCCGCCUCUGGCCCAGGGACCCCGGGCUGCUGCCUUUGGAGGUGGCCAGAGAGCUGAUGCUAGGGACCCCAGGCUGUGGGGGAACGAGCAAGGCAGGGGGUCCAGCCGCUUCAAGGCGUCACAGGUGCUCAACAAGUGGGUCUCCUCGGGAGGUGGGGGUGUCCCGGGGGCAAGGUGGCCCCGGCCUCAGUUGGGGCCCGUGUGCCAGGAUCCCCCAUCGGGUCACUCUGCACAGCAGAUGUUCAAUAAAGCUUUUGUAUGUGGA